AUGAUCAUCAUGAUCCACCAAGGCAGGACUGACCUCGACAAGACCGGCGACCACUUGGCACCCACCAAGAAGCCCCCUCAAUCCAUGAUGGCGCUCCUAGCCCUGCUCAUGCUGCUCGCACAGCAGGCGGCCGCCGACCUCAGCUGCCGCCCCCAGGGCCCCAUCGUCCCGCCGCCCCUGGACCUGGACGCCUCGCCCGCCUUCCGCCUCGCCGCGGACCGGCUCGCCCAGGCCCUCGACGGCGCCGUCAACGGGAGCAUCCCGGCGGGCUGGGCGGCCGAGAACGGGUCCUUCUCGGUCGCGCUCGUGUCGGUCGGGCAGCGCGACCCCAAGGUCCCGCUGUGGGAGUACCACCACCUCGCGCGCGGCAACGUCAGGGGCACCAGGCGCCUGGACAGGGACUCGCAGUACCUGAUCGGGUCCAUAUCCAAGGUCGUCACCGGCGCCGUCCCCUUCCUCGCCCAUCUCGUGGGGUAA